AACAUCUGAAAGGACUCUGAAAUAGCUAUUCAUACAGAAAACAAGAUUAUGAAAGGCACAGUCCUAGCACUUUUUUGUGCUAUAGCACUUGUUAGUGCUGAACUUAACCAGAACGGAUGUCCCAUAAACCCUUAUGUGGACGUCCUCAAACCGCAUCCCAACUGCAACAAGUACUACCAAUGCGUCCAAGGUGAACUCUAUGAGCGGCCUUGUGCCUCAGACCUUUUGUUCAAUGAGGAAACACAGGAGUGUGACUGGGCAAUCAACGUUGACUGCGGCAAUAGGCCAAUAGCCCCAGAUGGUAGCGGAGAAGCUGGAAACGACAGCAACGCUAGUGGAGGCAGUAGCGAGUCUGGAAAUAAUAGCAACAGCGAUGGAGAACGCAGCAAUGAAGACAGUGAAACUAGCGAGAGCAACUCCAGUAGCAACGAGAGUGGAAAUGAUAGCGGUAACAAUAGCGGUGGUGGAAACGGAAACCCAAGUGAAGCUUCCAAAAUCUGUGCUACUGAAGGUUCAGACGGUGUACUAGUAGCCCAUGAAAACUGUAAUCAGUUCUACAAAUGUUCGGAAGGAUCACCUGUUGCGUUGGACUGCCCAGUAAACCUUUUGUACAACUAUGAAAAAGAGCAAUGCGACUGGCCAGAGAACGUGAACUGCGAAGGCAGAAACCAAGGUGGUAACGGCGAAAAUGGCAACGACAAGAGUGUCGAAGAAGCAGACAAAGAAGACGGCAAUAAUGACAAUAAUGGUAACAAUAACAACGGUGGUGGAAAUGGAAACCCUAGCGAAGCUCGCGAAAUCUGCGCUGGCAAAGGUUCAGAUGGUGUACUAGUAGCCCACGAAAACUGCAAUCAGUUCUACAAAUGUUCGGAAGGAUCACCUGUUGCGUUGGACUGCCCAGUAAACCUUUUGUACAACUAUGAAAAAGAGCAAUGCGACUGGCCAGAGAACGUGAACUGCGAAGGCAGAAACCAAGGUGGUAACGGCGAAAAUGGCAACGACAAGAGUGUCGAAGAAGCAGACAAAGAAGACGGCAAUAAUGACAAUAAUGGUAACAAUAACAACGGUGGUGGAAAUGGAAACCCUAGCGAAGCUCGCGAAAUCUGCGCUGGCAAAGGUUCAGAUGGUGUACUAGUAGCCCACGAGAACUGCAAUCAGUUCUACAAAUGUUCGGAAGGAUUACCUGUUGCGUUGGACUGCCCAGUAAACCUUUUGUACAACUAUGAAAAAGAGCAAUGCGACUGGCCAGAGAACGUGAACUGCGAAGGCAGAAACCAAGGUGGUAACGGCGAAAAUGGCAAUGACAAGAGUGUCGAAGAUAGUAGGAGCGAAGAAGCAGACAAGGAAGACGAUGUCGAAGAUAGUAGUAGCAAAGAAGAAAACGAAGACGGAAAUAAUGACAAUAAUGGUAACAAUAACAACGGUGGUGGAAAUGGAAACCCUAGCGAAGCUCGCGAAAUCUGCGCUGGCAAAGGUUCAGAUGGUGUACUAGUAGCCCACGAAAACUGCAAUCAGUUCUACGAAUGUUCGGGAGGAUCACCUGUUGCGUUCGAUUGCCCAUUAAACCUUUUGUAUAACUAUGAAAAAGAGCAAUGCGACUGGCCAGAGAACGUGAACUGCGAAGGCAGAAAUCAAGGUGGUAACGGUGACAAUGGCAAUGAUAAGAGUGUAGAAGAUAGUAGUAGCGAAGAAGCAGACAAUGAAGAUGGAAACAAUGACAGCAAUAAUAACAAUAACAACGGUGGUGGAAAUGGAAAUCCUAGCGAUGCCCCUGAAAUCUGUGCCAAGGAGGGCUCGGAUAGUGUUCUAGUCGCCCAUGAGAACUGCAACCAGUACUAUGUAUGUAGAGACGGCUUGCCUGUAAUUCUUGAUUGCAAUCCAAAUCUGGUCUUCAACCCUGAUACCGACCAAUGUGACUGGCCAGAACUAGUAGACUGCGGUAAUCGUCGCACUUUUACAUCGCUCAACAAACAUCUGCGCUUUGUUAGGAAGUAAAUAAAUUCCUGUAACAAGUAUGAG